AGUGACACUGCGUGGUUUCACCGUGGAGCUUGUAGAGACACUCUUAAGGGGUGAGAAAGAGAGAGAGAGAGAGAGAGAGAGAGAGAAAACCAAGUGGAAUUUAUCACCUCUUGCAUAAUAACGCACACAGCGUCAGCUCACGUCAGGUCAACAACAGCGCGUCCCGGUGAGGGGGGACAGGACCGCGGGGACCGAAGCUGUCAGUGAUCCGCAGCUUGAUCCAGAUAUCUGGACUGACCACAGCACCAGGGGACCAGACUCUCCUGUCCCUCCCAGCAGGAGCUCAGCCUGCAGCUUCACUUCUACCCUUCAUGCAUGAGAACUUUGACAACUUCUGCAUUCCACUUUGGAUACCCGGGAACACUCUUUUGGAACACUUUUACGCACGUUUUACGCACUGUCGCCCUGUCACUCCUCUGACUGUGGCAGAAACUUUCCCACCCGGGUCAUGCUGCAGUGACUCCAGCCUCUCUGUCCGGGACUCCAUGAUCAAGUUGUAAACAGCAGGAGGCGAAGAAAAGGAUGCUGGGAAAAUAUUUAUAACGCACCGAAACCUUUUUCGUGUCACUUGAUAAUUCGAAGCGGCACCGGGGACAGUAAAUCACCGGGAGGCAAGUGGUGCUGCUUGAGGUGAAGCGAGGACAAGACAGGUUGGUGUCUCCAAAUUCAGCGGGCUCGAGUUUCAGCCGCCCCGGGGGCUCCUGGUAUUAAAGCGUGCAUUUGACCUGGGAUAAGUUGUCAACAAGAGCAGCGAGCGGAGGCGAACUGGCAGGUGUACAAGUUCAUUUACAUGCAUACGUAUAUUCACGCCACUAUAUAUAGAAGUUUUCUUAGUGGUGAGCAGCCUUUAUAAGUUUGUGCACCCACCCCCCGGCCUGCAGCAGCAGCUCCACGCACCCCGUGUGUGUGCGCGCGUGUGUGUCUGUGUGUGUGUGUCUAUAUAUACACCAUACAGGCGGUUGUCCCUCCUCGCAAUCUGUAUCCCAGCAGAGGGCUGCCCGCCGUCGGUUUGGCUGUGAGGGCAGGAGUCGUCGCAUGGACUGACAUGGCCACCGACCUCGCCAUGAGCGCAGAGCUGCCAAACAGCCCUCUGGCCAUCGAGUACGUCAACGACUUCGACCUGAUGAAGUUUGAGGUGAAAAAGGAGCCGCCGGAGGCCGACCGCUACUGCCACCGCCUCCCGUCCGGCUCCCUGUCCUCCACCCCGAUCAGCACACCCUGCUCCUCCGUGCCUUCCUCGCCGAGCUUCUGCGCCCCGAGUCCCGGCGCGCAGCCCAACCAGAGCCUGAACAGCGGGGUCAACAGCAGCGGCAGCAGCAACAACAGCAGCGGCAACAACAAUCACAGCAACGCGGGGAAACCGCAGCUGGAGGACCUGUACUGGAUCCCCAGCUACCAGCACCACAUCAACCCGGAGGCGCUCAACCUGACCCCGGAGGACGCGGUGGAGGCCCUCAUCGGGAACGCGCACCAUCAUCACCACCACCACCAGGCCUACGAGGGCUUCCGCGGGCAGCAGUACGUCGGGGAGGACCUGUCCGCGGCCUCGGCGGCCCACCACCACCAGGCCCAUCACCACCACCAUCACCACCACCACGGCCACCACGCCCGCCUGGAGGACCGCUUCUCGGACGAGCAGCUCGUCAGCAUGACGGUGCGGGAGCUGAACCGGCAGCUGCGGGGCUUCAGCAAGGAGGAGGUGAUCCGCCUGAAGCAGAAGAGGCGCACCCUGAAGAACCGGGGCUACGCGCAGUCCUGCCGCUUCAAACGCGUGCAGCAGAGGCACAUGCUGGAGACCGAGAAGUGCACCCUGCAGAACCAGGUGGAGCAGCUGAAGCAGGACGUGGCGCGCCUCGCCAAGGAGAGGGAUCUUUACAAGGAGAAGUACGAGAAGCUGGCCAGCCGGACCUACAAUGCCGGCGGACCCGCGAACACGAGAGAUCCGUCCGGGAAACAGGCCAACACCGACUUCUUCAUGUGAGAGACUGAGCCCCCUUUGUAGCAUAGACUCUCCCACCUCCACCUCCACCACCUCCUCCACCCUUCUUCAUUAAUUUAUAUCCUCUUUUUUGUAUUUUUGUUUACAGUUAUUCCCUCGACAGAAAAGACUUUAAACACAACAUCUCCACAGAUACGCGGUUCCGCUGCGGCGCUCAGAUCUAACCCUGGUGCGCAUUUCAAGUCUUAAAGGUGUGUUGGCUUCAUUUCUGUCAGCUGUCAGGUGAGCACGUGGGAUCACUUAUAGCCUGUACAUGAUUAUGAUUUUUAUUUCUUCCUCUGAUGCAACAGAAGCCGGUCAGUCUUACUGAAACUCUCUGAGGUGAUUUUGUCUUAAAAACGAGUGAUUUUUAAAAAACUCUGAGAAGAAGCAGAAAAAGCAAAAAAGAGCUCCUCUCUUUUUUUUUGGAAGCAGAGACUGAAAAAGGAGGUGAAGAGACAUUUUCAAUAUUGCAAGUCUAUAGUUUCCCAUCCCUAUUUGCAACCCUGCAUGCAGGACAUGUAUGGUAACCUCCAGUCAUCUCCCACAAACAUGUAUGGACAGCAUGGCCCAUGGUUCUCCUCCUCUUCCUCCUCUUCCUCCUCCUCUGCCAUCAGUAAAGGCCUGGGUAUGCAAAAAGUCACAAAAUGUGUCCCCCCUUUCCUUCCCUCCUUCCUCCUCCUGAGAGGUGCAAAGACUGCAAACCAACCUGCUCUCCUGCGAAAACUGGAUGCGUCUUUCUCUGCUGUUUUCAAUCAACUUUUUCUAUUUGUUUUCAAAAAGGACAGAAAAACGAACAAAAAGAGAUUAACUGAGCCAGAUUUUAGACUGUAUUUAUUUCCACCUGUACAUAGACUGACUGUGUAGAGAGAAAAGAAAACACUCCCCUGUCUUCUUUGACCUUUUUCUCCUCUUUUUUCAAGAAAAUGCUUUUGUUGCUUGGAUUCUUUGAAAUGUCUUAAUACAAAUGUUUGUAUGUUACAGCAUGCAAAUCGUCUAUGGUAUCCUUCUCCUCCUCCUCCUCCUCCUCUUCCUCCUCCUACUGAACAUGUGUAAUGUCAAAGGCAAGCCUAUACUGCACUAAGAAGAGAUCAAACUGGAGAAUAAGAAUCAUAAUAAUAAUAAAGAAGACGAAGAAGAAGAAGCGUUUUGUUUUCUACAUUUGAGGUGAAAAAACCUCCUUUAUUAUUAAACGAACAUGGACUGCAUUCGCUGCUAAAACUCUAUGCACCAACCUGAAGAUAAACAGAUUUUCUUUUUUAUUUCUACUUUGAGUUAUUUGUGGACUAAAGUGUCUGCAGGCCCCGCGAUGAUCUAGUGUCUGAUUGGAGGAUGCUUGGUUGUUGGAGAACAGGUGGCACAGCUGACUCUCUCUCUGUCUCUGUCUCUCUGUUUCUCUGUUUCUCGGAGGAUGCCGAUGCAUUAUUCUGUCCAGAAAUCCCUGGUUCGUGUGUUUUCUGCUGCCUAGAUAUAUGUGCAAUAUUGUGCAGAAGUGUUGGACACCCGGAGGAGACACUCAAAGAUCGAAAAUCCACCUUCAUAUUUUAUAAAACCCCAAAAUUUAGAAACAGGAGAAACAAAUCUGCAAAUAAAUCUGUCUGCAUUGAUUCUUAUUUCAUUUUCUUCAAUUUUGACCAAUUUUUCCCAAAAGUAUCCAUGUGCGUAAAAGUCGCCAAAUAACGAGACGUAAAAAAAAGAGGAAAGCAAACUUCUGCACAGUGCUGUUAAUGUAUAUCUGUACAUAUGAUUUCUAUAUUUAUUCAAUGAACGUGUCCUAAACUGUCAACAAGUGAGAAACCUACAAAGUGGAACGUUGUUGAGAAUCUUGUUUUCAUAAUGUUUAAUAAAAAGUUCUGUCCCAAAAUCUGUCAGACUGUCUGCGGCUCAGUCUCUUAAACUCACUGAGAAUUAAAUUAACAGAGGGGGAAAAAAAAUACAGUUUUUAUUAUUUUUAAGGAGAAAAAAGAGUUUCUGUUUGUGAGGAAAUGAAGCGCAAAUGUGUGUUUGAUUUUAAGUUUGAACAUUUCUCAGAUUUGAUAUAAAAUCAGUCUGAUAAAACAAGUUUAAAAUAAUUAUUAUUGACCAAAAUAUCUGUUUUUAUUUUUUAAGAUAAAUAUUUUUAACUUCGGUACAUGUUUCCAGUGACAAAUUUGUCUUUUUAAAAACCAAAAUAUCCAAAUAAACGGCGUGUGUUUGAAGUAGAAAAUCUAAAUGAAUUAUAUUUUAUAAAAAUGCAGAUUAAAUUCCCUAAUUUUAUGUUUUCGUUACCAAUAUUUUUUGGAGAGUUUCCGAGCGUAAAGGAAUCCAAAAACGCACAGAGACACCGAGCUUUAAUUUCUAAUAUUACUCUCAUUAUUAUUAUUAUUAUAACUGUAAUUUUAAUUUUCCUAAAUAAACCUCCGUUAGAUUAUUUUAUUCUAUCUCCUUUAUUUCUUGUAUUUCUUCUCCAUUUUUAUUUAAUAAUUUUCAUAUUUAAUAUUUUUUCUUCUCGGCUGUGAUUCUUCUUCUUCCUUUUCUGUCAGAGGGUCAGUUUGUUCGAGGUUUUUGUUUCAGACCGUGAAUUUCUCCACAUGUGUGUCUUUGUUGGAAACAUCCGCACAGAGGCGGACACUCCCGCUCCGCUGCCCGGCUCCGGCCGCCUAUCAGCCGGCCUCGCUGCGCCUCAGCAGCCGGUGACGGAUGGAUGAACCCGGCCUGCCUCCUCCUCCUCCUCCUCCUCGGUAGAUAAGUUCAUCUCUGUCUCACUGACUUCAUGUUUACAGUCUAUCCAUAUAGGAGGCUUCGCAUGAUACCUCGCAUGUCCACUCUGUGUGCGCGCGCUCGUGCACGCGCCCUAAGCUGCAUUAAGUGCUCUCCUUCCUCGUGGAAACAGAAGCAGCAGCAGCAGCGGGUUGAGACAGAUGAUGCCACCCCGUGUUGGUGUCGAUGUGACACCGCCGUCAGGGCCUCUGUGUGUGUGUGUGUGUGUGUGUGUGUGUGUGUGUGUGUGAUGUUCCUCACAGAUCUGCAGCUUCUUCUUUUUAUUCUCGCCUGUUUGUGUGUUUGCAGCUGUGAUUGUCUAAAUUUUCUCUCCUGAAGUUCUUAGUUUAUGUAAAGAAUAAGAAGCUGCAACAGAAAUGAGAAAAUCUGAUUUAAAAUCAACAUUUUUGAUGCAGAUUGUCAGAUCAGCGACUCCAAAAGCGUGCACGUUUUUGCAGUUUUAUUUAUUUACAGUCCAGUUAUUUGACUUUUGCAGAUCAUUUUCUCAUGUGUGUGUAAAAGAGCAGGCUGAGAAGAUGGGGAAGUGUCAUUACUUUCAUUAUUAUGUCAAUUUUAUAAACUCACAAUCAUCUAAACCUUCAAAAUAAUUUCAUCCUCACAGAAAUUUUAAUUUUUUUUCAGUCAUCUUUGUCUCUUUUUACUCUUACGUCUUAAUUCCACUAAAUACCGACUAAAGAUCAUGAGGAAUCUUUGUGCAUUUUAUUCACCGCAGUCGUGUGUGUGAUAGACUUUCAAACAUUUGUUUUAUUUUGCAGUAAAAAUGAUGCAUCA